CUGUUGUCAAACAUUUGAGACGGAGAUUUCAUCAGAGCCUGUCGAAAUGUGACAUUAGCUGGACUUGUGUGACAUCUGAAGGCCAAACCCGACAUGCAGAGAGGGUCAUCAAGGGAAUAAGUGAUCGGUUCUCACACAGCGCUGUCUACUAUGAUGGGUCUAUGUAUGUGUUUGGGGGCUGUACAUCCACAAACACCACGUUUAAUGAUUUAUGGAGACUGGAUUUGACAACCAGGCAGUGGAUUAGGCCUAUAGCCAUGGGUACCUAUCCAUCGCCGAAAGCUUGCGCAACAAUGGUUGAAUACAAUGGAAACUUGGUGCUGUUUGGUGGCUGGAGCCACCCCAUACCUUACCCAUUACACCAGUCAGCACACUAUUUUUCUGAGCUGCAUGUAUACAGUACUGUCACCAAUCGCUGGUCUCACGUCUUAUCAAUUGGCCAGGAGCCAGAAGCUUUGGGUGGCCACUCAGCUUCUGUUGCAGGUCAUCUGAUGGUCAUUUUUGGUGGCUCGCCAAGGCCAGGUUUAGGAACAAACAACUUGUGGGUGUUUAACUUCCUGAAGGCUUCCUGGAUGCUGCAGCCAGUCACUCAUGCUAAACCAGAGCCUCGAUAUGGCCAGUUCCAGACAACACUGGAUGAACAACAUAUUCUCAUCAUGGGUGGUUGCGUGGGCCAGAACAGGGUUUACAGUGACCUGUGGUUGUUGACCCUGCAUGCGACAGACCCUUGGCAGUGGACGAGAUUGACAAUCAGACAUCCGGAGCUGGCAGCGCCACAAACUUGGUGUCAUGCAGCUUGUCGGGUAAAAGACACAAUAGUUGUGGUAGCCAGAUCAUCAAAAGUGAGACAGACUCGUACCGUUAAGCCGGAUACCCCACAGAGGAGCCCUCACACAUCGGAUUGGUCCAGCAGUGAUAGCAGCUGUAGUAGCACAGACAGCUCACCUCUUUCUCCAAAAUCUCUUAAGCCUCAGCUGAGUCCCAAGAAUGAGCUCCAGAAUCGUGCUGAUUACCCUGACGACCCCGAAGGAAAGGAAGCAGAGAGGGUGGCACAGCCUAACAGUAAGCUUCUCUCCUUACAACAGCAGUUGCACAGAGACUGUAUGAACCUGCCAGACCCCAACAACCACCACCAUCGCUCCCACGUGGCCGGAGACGAUGCUGAGGGUUACUUUCAUAGAAUAUCCAACCGGUGGGGGAAUGAACAAGGGGCGUCUCAGCACCACCAAAACAGCAACGGACAGAUGCUUCCACUGUACCAUCCGCAGCAGCAUGAAUAUGUCCAUAGACCAGUGCUUCCUUCAGCAUCUCUACAUCAUCCUCAGCCACAUGAAUAUGUCCACAGGCCACUGAUUCUGCACACACCACCACCUCAAAAUGCAGACCAGCCUCAGUUUGGUAGUUUACAGCGAUUAAACAACAACCAUCUUUCAAGUGGAAGGUCAAGGGGCAGUAUGCCUUCCAUUCGCCCAAAUGCCAUGAACAAUCGGCAGAAGCAGCUAGAAGCCUUGCAGCGCCAGGAAGAACUCCUACGCUCCAAAUCUCGGGCAUUGGCAGCAUCCAGAAUACAGAGGCCCAACGAUCAGGUGGUAGAUGCAUCUGCAGAAUUAGUUCCUGAAGUAGUGUCCUCCAGAAAUAAAAUGGACAUGCAUGUUUUGGACAUCAGCAGAGUGCUGACUGAUGGAGUUGCAGAAUGGAGGCCGCUGAGUGAGCUGCAGCCUAACGGGGCUCCAACUGAGACAAUCUGCUGUAGUAUAUUGGAGGGCCGGGGAGAACUGAUGCUGUUUGGAGGUGUCAUCAGGAACCAAGGAAGUCCGGUGGUGACCAACACUGCAGUCAACAAGCUGUACCUACUGCAACCAUAUUAA